AACAACACACUACAUUUGCGGCGUAUAUUCCUAUGUGGAGUGUUCAGCAUGUUUACGAAUUCUAUGAAUGGAUAUUUAUUUGGACAUUUAUUUAUCAAAUUCAUAGGUUAAUAUUCAUGGACUCUUUGUAGUGAAGAAGUUCGAGGGCAUAGAAGUGUUCAUCACUAAACAACCAUGACAAUAUUACAAGCUUUCAAAUCCUCGAGAUUAAAGAGUUCUGUUUUAACAACAUGUGCAUUGAAAAAAACUCACAUAUCUCGAUCUACAGACUUAAUAUUUGCCAAGCGAAAUAAAAGCAACACAUCCUCCAUUUUAAAGCCUAGAAAAGCAAAUCUGGUACUGAAAAAUGGAAAACGAUUGUCUGGAAUUUCUUUUGGUACUCCAGUUUCUGCAUCUGGAGAAAUUGUCUUCAACACUGGAUUGGUUGGGUAUCCAGAGGCUUUGACUGAUCCAAGCUAUAGAGGUCAGAUUUUGACGUUGACAUAUCCAAUUAUUGGCAGCUAUGGUGUUCCAGAUACUAAAGCAAAAGAUGAAUAUGGUUUACUAAAAAAUGUAGAGUCAGACAAAAUUCAGGUAGCUGGACUGAUAGUACAAGACUACUGCCAUCAGCCAAGUCACUGGAACUCAGUGAAAAGUCUUUCAACAUGGUUACAAGAAGACAACAUUCCAGCACUGUAUGGGAUAGAUACGCGUAUGAUUACUAAAAUUGUAAGAGAUCAAGGUACAGUGCUAGGGAAGAUUGAGUUUGAGAAUGAUCCUAUAGAAUUUGAGGACCCAAAUUUGAGAAAUCUUAUCAAGGAAGUAUCUUGCCAGGAAAUACAAUACUAUGGACAAGGCAAUCCAAUAAAAGUUGUUGCUGUAGACUGUGGCAUAAAACAGAAUAUGAUACGGCAUUUACUUAUGCGAGGAGCAGAGGUCAAGGUUGUGCCUUGGGAUUAUGACUUUUCUGAAGACUAUUAUGAUGGCUUAUUUAUAUCCAAUGGACCUGGAGAUCCAUCAUUGGCUAAAGAAACAAUUACACAUCUUAGAAAGGUCAUUGAAAAUAGACAGGAACCGGUGUUUGGCAUCUGUAUGGGAAAUCAGUUGACAGCAUUGGCUGCUGGUGCAAACAGCUACAAACUUCCACUUGGAAACAGAGGUCACAACCAACCAGUUGUUAAUUUGAUCAGUGGUGAAGCUUUCAUUACCUCACAGAACCAUGGCUAUGCAGUAGAUAACAAAACAUUACCUCCAGACUGGGAGGUUCUAUUUAUUAAUGCUAAUGACAAAUCUAAUGAGGGAAUCAUGCACAAGUCUAAGCCAAUAUUUACAGCACAGUUUCAUCCUGAGGCUUGGGGUGGACCUACUGAUACACAAUUUCUAUUUGACUACUUCAUGGAUCUGAUCAAACAGAAGAAACAAUGUCUAAGUCAAAUCAUUACAUCUAAAAAACCAGAAUACAAAAUGGUGGAUGUUUCUAAAGUGUUGGUUCUAGGAAGUGGUGGAUUAUCCAUCGGUCAAGCUGGAGAGUUUGAUUACAGUGGAUCUCAAGCAAUCAAAGCACUGAAGGAAGAGAAUAUCCAAGUGGUGCUGAUGAAUCCCAACAUUGCUUCUGUUCAAACCAAUGCCGAAGGGGAAAAACAAGCAGAUACUGUGUACUUCCUUCCCAUUAGCCCAGAGUUUAUAAAACAAGUCAUUGAGAAAGAGAGACCUGAUGGUAUACUUUUGUCAAUGGGAGGACAAAUUGCAUUAAAUUGUGGUCUUGAGCUAGAUAAACAAGGAAUAUUUAAGCAGUACAACAUAAAGGUUUUAGGAACACCUAUUUCAAGUGUGGAAGCAACAGAAGACAGACAGAUAUUUGCUGACAAACUUAAGGAAAUAGGAGAGAAACUUGCACCAAGCAUUGCUGUCAGCAACACCCAAGAUGCUGUGAAAGCUGCUGAAAAUAUUGGCUAUCCUGUGAUGGUCAGGGCAGCAUUUGCUCUUGGUGGACUUGGAUCUGGAGUGGCCAGAAAUGAACAAGAACUUCGUUUCAUUGCAGACAAAGCCUUUGCUAUAACAAGCCAAAUCUUGGUCGAACAAUCUCUAUUAGGAUGGAAGGAGGUGGAGUAUGAAGUUGUCAGAGAUGCCUAUAACAAUUGUGUUACUGUUUGCAAUAUGGAGAAUCUUGACCCUCUAGGAAUCCACACAGGUGACUCCAUUGUUGUUGCACCAAGUCAAACUUUGUCCAAUACUGAAUAUCAUAUGCUACGAGAAACAGCUCUAAAGGUUGUUAGACAUUUUGGAAUAGUUGGUGAGUGUAACAUUCAGUAUGCACUGCAUCCCGAGUCCUUGGAAUAUUGCAUCAUAGAGAUAAAUGCACGUUUGUCCAGGAGCUCAGCAUUGGCAUCUAAAGCAACUGGCUAUCCAUUAGCAUUUGUAGCAGCCAAACUAUCCCUGGGAAUGGAUCUUCCUGGACUGGUCAACUCUACCACACAGAUGACUAGUGCCUGCUUUGAGCCUAGUCUUGACUACAUUGUUACAAAGAUACCUCGAUGGGAUCUGGACAGAUUUCAUAACAUGAGCUCAACAAUAGGCAGUUCAAUGAAAAGUGUGGGGGAGGUGAUGGCCAUAGGAAGAACAUUUGAAGAAAGUCUCCAGAAAGCUCUGAGAAUGACACACCCUUCAGUGACUGGGUUUACAACCAACCUUCCAGCAGGCAAACCUUAUCCUGACAAUUUUAAUAUAGAUGACAACCUGAGAGUACCUAACAAUGUCAGAAUGCAUACAAUAGCAAAGGCCUUUGACUCAGGCUAUUCUGUGGAUACCAUUCAUAACUUGACUAAAAUAGACAAAUGGUUUCUCCAUAAACUUAAACACAUCCAUGAAAUAAAACAUUUGCUGGAAAAGGGUCAAAGUGAUAAACACAAAGACUUGCUAAAAAUAGCCAAAGAAAAUGGGUUUUCUGAUGUUCAGAUUGGAAAAGCCUGGGGCCUUUCAGAAGCAGAAAUCCGUAAAAUGAGAUACUAUUGGACUAUCAUGCCCUGGGUCAAGCAGAUUGACACAAUGGCUGCAGAAUACCCUGCUAGGACUAAUUAUUUAUAUGUCACCUACAAUGGAAUGGAGCAUGAUGUUGAUUUUACUAAAAAGAGUGUUAUGGUCCUUGGUUGUGGUCCUUACCAUAUUGGCAGCUCUGUAGAAUUUGACUGGUGUGCUGUGUCUAGUAUCAGAGAACUCAGGAAAAUGGGACACCACACAGUGGUAGUUAACCACAAUCCAGAGACAGUUAGUACAGAUUUUGAUGAAUGUGACAGAUUGUACUUUGAAGAGCUCUCAUUGGAAAGGGUACUUGACAUAUAUCAUAAUGAGAAGUGUCGAGGAACUAUUGUCUCAGUUGGAGGACAAAUUCCAAAUAAUCUUGCACUUCCUUUAUACAAAAAUGGAGUAACAAUAUUAGGGACUAGUCCUAAGAUGAUAGACCAAGCUGAAAACAGGAGUAUAUUCUCUGCCAUUUGUGAUGAGCUCAAUAUAAAACAACCAGAGUGGAGGGCCUUGAGCUCAGUGGAAGAAGCUCUGGACUUUGCUGGUUCUGUUGGUUAUCCUUGUUUAUUGAGACCUUCAUAUAUUUUAUCAGGCUCCGCCAUGAAUGUAGCAUACACACCACAAGAGCUGAAAACAUAUCUGAAGGAAGCCACUCAAGUGUCUAGCCAAUAUCCAGUGGUCAUCACUAGAUUCUAUACUGGCUGCCGGGAGGUAGAAAUGGAUGCUGUAGCUAGUACUGGUCAGGUUGUUGCUCAUGCCAUUUGUGAACAUGUUGAGAAUGCUGGUGUUCAUAGUGGAGAUGCUACACUUAUGAUGCCUGCUCAAACUAUCCAAGAAGAAGCUAUUGCAAUUAUUAAAGAUGUCACAGCAAAGAUAGCAAAACGAUUUGCCAUUUCUGGUCCAUUUAACAUUCAGUUUCUUGUUCGGGAUACAGAUGUCAAGGUGAUUGAACUAAACCUGAGAGCUUCAAGAUCAUGCCCCUUUGUGUCUAAGACAAUAGGAACAGAUUUUAUUGCACUUGCCACCAAGGUCAUGAUGAAUGAGCCUUUCAGUCAGGAAAAUCUUCCCACACUAGACAACCCUCAUGAUCCAACUACAUAUGUUGGUAUUAAGGCUCCAAUGUUUUCCUGGCCACGUCUACGUGAUGCUGACCCAGUUCUUAAAUGUGAAAUGGCUUCAACAGGGGAGGUUGCUUGUUUUGGUCGCACCAAGUACACAGCUUUCCUAAAAGCACUCAUGUCUGCUGGAUUUAAACUACCUCCCAAGGGAGGUAAUAUUUUAGUUGGAGCACAAAAAAGCUAUUACCCUUUUUUUUUGCCUCUGGCUAAGCAACUGAGCCAAAAAGGCUUUCAGAUGUUUGCAACAGAAAGAACUGCAGAAUAUCUGGACAUUCACUACAUUCCCACCACACCAGUUAGCUGGACAGCUCAAGAUGAAGGGGAAUUACCUUCUCCCAUCAAACUCAUUCAGGAAAAGAAAAUCGACCUGGUCAUCAACUUGCCCAAUCAGAAGACGAAGUAUGUACAUGACAACUACCUUAUUAGAAGAGCGGCCAUUGAUGCUGGAGUACCACUGAUCACAAACUUUGAGGUUGCUAAACUAUUUGUGGAGUCAUUGGAUUAUGAGAAAGAUGUAAAAGCUUUGAGUCUAUUUGAUUAUCGUAAACCUGCAUUGGAGAAACGUAAAGCUGAAGCUACAUUAGUGUAAGACUGUUGGCUUAUUCAUUGCUUGAUAAACAGUGGAUAAGUAAGACAGUAUUAAUGUUGAUUACAAGUGUCAGAUUUUUUUGUUACUUUGCAAUAAACUUUUUGUAUUAUUAUAUGAAACUACUUUAUAACAUGUAAACUUAAAGGCUGUUAUUUUAAAAUGGUCAGUGACUAUAUUUAAAUCAUUUCUUACAACCUUUAGUAAUGCAUUGACAUUGAUGCUGUUUAGUUUCAUUUUUCUAAUUCAUUCUGGUGGAACACACAUGAAUGAUGCAUCCUAUUUAGUCAAUAGUGACUAUCUCAUUACAAAAUAUGAUUCUUUUUAAAUUAAAGAAAUUGACAGUAAAGUUAAAAAGAUACAUCAAUUAAAUAUUGAUAUUUAAAAAAAAAUAUUUUCAUUCUAAAAUAUCAUUUUAAACACUUGCUGUAUAUAUUUUAAAAUAUCUUUGUUUUGUGUGCUUUUCAUUUUCAAGUUUGAUAUACAAAUGUUGUUUGUACAAUAAUUAAAAUAUGCCAACUCAAAUUGUAUUUUCAUCUCAUUCAAUGUAGUUUUGUUUUGGACACUUUCAUUUUGAUCCAAACUAGUUUGUGAGUGUACAAAUGUACAUCAGGGUGGACAAAACAAUCCUCUCAUAUCUUUGACACAAGUGAGAGGGUAUGACAAUUUGAUUUAGACAUUUCAUUUAUUUUUUAAAUACAUUAAUAAAUAAUAUGAAUCUCU